CACAACGAAUCAGUCUAGCGUGAACCAUGGCGCAGUGUGAAAUAAAAUUCGAUAGGAACCCAUAUGGGGUUUACUUGGCAGGACAAACAAUUUCGGGACAAGUUGAAUUAAAUAUAUUUAAGAUUAAGAAAGUUAGAGCUGUAACCCUGAGGAUUGUUGGCUAUGCAAAGUGUCGUUGGACUGAAAGUGAUUCCCAUGGUACAAGAGGGCAAACAAGGACAACUGUAUACCACGGAAGAGAAGACUACUUAGCAUCCUUAACGGACUUGGUGGGGCGAUCGCAAGAUGGAAGUACAAUAGAAUUGGCGCCUGGUAUGCAUUCCUAUCGCUUUACGUGCGAUCUCCCACACCAACUACCAACAUCUUUUGAAGGAUCAAAAGGAUACAUAAGAUACUACGUCAUUGUAGCCCUCGAGAGGCCAUGGAAGUUUGAUCAGAAAUUCAAAGUAGCAUUUACAGUUCUAAAGCAGUUUGAUUUGAAUUUCGAAUCACCAGUUCUAAGGCUCCCAUGCCAGGUGAGUAUGGAAAGAAGUUUCUGCUGUGGCCCAUGCAAAACUGGUCCAAUAUCUAUAAUUGCCCACACCUCUCAAUCUGGAUAUGUUCCUGGCCAAAUGAUUAGUGUUCAUGCUGAAAUCGCCAAUGCAAGUACGGUAAAAGUUGAGGAAAUUAGAUUUUCUCUAAAGAAGCUAAUACGCUAUACUAGUCAAACACCAAGGACGAAAACCAAAGAAGAGACCCUUACAAUAUCCGAAGGAAGGAUAUCGGGAAUGAAGAAGAAGCAAAGUGGAAAAUUCGAACAGCAUCUUCAGAUCCCUCCUCUUCCACCAACAAGUGUAAGCCUGUGCCGAAUAAUAACUAUAUCCUAUGAAGUGAAGAUCGAAGCAAAAGUGUCUGGAGCACAUUUGAACCCAGUUGUGAAGAUCCCAAUAACCCUUGGUACUGUUCCAUUGAGGGAUAAUGUGUAUAAUGUUGUACCAGGAACACAGGGUAUACAACCACCAAUUCAGAUGGAACCGAUCCUAAAUCCAAUAUCUCAUCCUUCAUCUGAUCAAAACUUACCUCCUCCAUCUUAUGAGGAAUGCAUUUUUGGGACAGUCCAGGUAAAAGACGAUGAAGAUGAUGAGAAAACAGUCAUGUCGUGCACAAAGUAUGCACCUCGCUAUCCUGUCUACAACUGCAACAACUGGCCAAAAACAGGAGUGCAAGAUGAGAACAAACCAAUAGGAUUCAUCAUAAAUCCGGCGGAUGUUCCACCAAACCAUAAUCACAGUGUACAAGCUGCUGUACCUCAGUUACAACCUCAUGACUAUCCUAAAGGUGGAAAUGCGAUUGAGAAUAAGGCAAUUGAACCCUUGACACUUCCUGACCUUCCUGAUUUCCCAAAAUCCCCAAAAUAGACCAAUUUGGGAGUUGAAGAGUUUUAAAUAUGAUUUAAUUUUUGUAUUUAGCAAGAUAAAUAAAUAAAAGGUGCAAUAAUUAAGAUUAA